GGGAAGGCAGAGCCCUGGAAACGGUGAAUGCAAGCCCCACAUGGGCUUUGUUGGGCUGGUGCUCCCAGCCCCGGUGCAUUGAGCGGGAGGCAAUGUCUGGGUUGCUGCCCUCUCUCCAGGGGUGGCUUACCCUUCCUCCCCCCGUCCUUUUCCUCCUCCCCCGUCUCUGGCUCUGCCCGGUGAGAGCUGCUGGGAAAGCAACACAACGGGGCCCAUUCAUUUCUCACUUCUGCAAGGAGAGCAAACACCGGCACAGGAGCUCAGCAGCUGCUAGACAGGGCAGGGGACGCUUUCCUCUCUUCGACACAUCUUGAAGUGCAGGUACUCCAAAUCUCGGGUGUGUGAACCCUCCAGGUGUGAGGGAGGGAGUGAUGGCAUGAUGUCUGGCACGUGGCAGUGCUCCAGACACAGCAUGGGGACUGAGUUUAGGGACAUUACAUUGGUGUCACUGGGCAGUGGGUGUGCAGGAGAGGGCUGCCCCAGUGUGUGUGGGGAGCCUGCAGCAGGACUAGAUGGGGCAACAGCAGGAGGGCAGUGCUGGGGCAUGGGACCACACGGGAUGAUGAGCUACAUUGGGCAUGGGGCUGUGCACUACAGUGGUUCUACAAAUUUGAGCCUUGCACACCCCACUGGUGCUGUCUCGGAGCUUAGCAGGAUGUAUUGGUCAUAUCUGCAGCCUGCUGCCUCCCCUGUGUUUGCCCCAGCCUUGGCCUCUCUCUGGUACCUUCGCCCCAGGGGCUCACUCCUGCCCAGCCAAAACCAACCUGUCCUUCCUGCAACUAAACAGUGGAGUUCUAUUCCAAACACUGCUAUGAAUAGCUUAGGGGAGAAGCAGGGAGCUUGCAGGGUAGAGAGUUGGAAGGCAGAUGACCAGGAUGGUGGAGACAUGCGACCUUUGCCAUUUAAAGAAGGGAAGCAGCUCAGAAGCCUGUGUGAUCACAUUCCCUGGAUGGCUACACCUGCUUGCCUUACAAAAAAAAUUGUCUCUCCCCAGCCACAGGAGCCCUCCAACAUGGGGCCAUCCUGGGGGCUCCUCCUGCUCGCAGCAGCCCUGGGGACAACAGCUGCUGCCCGCUGCCCUACACCCUGUGUCUGCGACAACCUCCGUGCCCACGUCCUGUGUGUCAAUGGGAGCCUGACGGCCAUCCCUGACACCAUCCCAGAGCUCACAAAAAAACUAGAUCUUCGUGGCAACAGUUUCACUGUCAUCCCAGCGAGAGCCUUCCUUGCCACCCCCUACCUGACACACUUAGACCUCCAGCAUUGUAAGGUGGAGAGGCUGGAAGAAGGGGCUUUCCGGGGUCUGGGAAGGCUUGUCUACCUCAACCUGGCCUCCAAUGGCAUAGCCCUCCUCUACCAGGAGUCCCUGGAUGGGCUCUCCUCCCUCCAGCAGCUCAUUCUGGAGGGGAAUCGCAUUGAAGAGAUACAGCCUGGUGCUUUUGGCCAUCUGGGAUCCCUCACUGUCCUCGACCUGAGGGCAAAUGCUUUGGUCUACCUCCCAGACAUGGUCUUCCAGGGUCUACAGGUUCUUAGAUGGCUCCGGCUGUCGCACAAUGCCCUCCAUGUGCUGGGCAAUGAGGCCUUUGCUGCUCUGCCUGCCCUGCGCAGGCUGAGCCUGGACCACAAUGAGCUGCAGACACUGCCUGGCGAGGCUCUGGCCAGGCUGGAUGGGGCUACCUGGCUAGACCUGGGCCACAACCCCAUCACCUAUGUGGCUGAAGAAGCCCUGGCCAUGGCCUCCCUGAGGCACCUCUUCCUGGAUCAUGCCUCCCUCCAGGAUGUGGCACAGGAUGCUUUUGCCCGCAGUCCCCAGCUCCGUAUGCUGGACCUCCGGGAAAACCAGCUGCAGGGGAUGCCACCCCUGGCUGGGGCGGGGGGGCUGGUAAGGGUCAGCCUGGAUGGGAACCCUCUGCUGUGCUCCUGCCUCCUGCGCCCCUUCCACAGGUGGCUGGCAAGGGCACGGGUGCAGGCCGAGGGUGCUUGUGCUGCACCCCCUGCCCUCCGUGGCCGGUCCCUCAACUCCCUGAAGUCCCCUGAGAUGAGAUGCAGUCGCCUCCGGCCACCCCCUAGCCCCGCUGCACCGCCAGAGCAGCCAAGGGCAGGCAGCAGCAGGCAGUGCCCCCGGGGGUGUGUCUGCUCUCCCGACUUCCAUCAUGGGUCCUGUGAGAACAGGGACCUGCGGGAGAUUCCUCGGGACUUCCCUGAGGACACCCGCCUUCUCGACCUGCGCCGAAACCCCUUCAGGACAGUGCCACCAGAUGCCUUCCUCGGCCUGAAGGAGCUGGUGUCACUCCACCUGCAGAGGUGCAGCAUCAGGGCAUUGCACCCCGGGGCACUCCGGGGGCUGGAGAGCCUGGUCUACCUGUACCUCACCAACAACCACCUCUCCACCCUGGCAGCUGCUGCCUUUGAGGGGGCCCCGCAGCUGGCCUACCUCGACCUGGACCAUAAUGCCUUCACCCAUGUGCCUGCAGGCACCUUCCGGCUCCUGCCCAACCUCAUCUCCCUCCAUCUGCAGCACAACGCCAUCGGGGAACUGGCAGAGGGCGACCUGGCUGGAGCCAGGGGGCUCCGCUGGCUCUACCUAGCUGGGAAUGCCAUCAGGCACAUUGCCCCUGCUGCCUUGGCUCCCACCAAGAUGCUGGAAAAGCUGGAGCUGGAGGGAAACCACCUGUCAGAGGUGCCCACAGCAGCCCUGCAGGGCCUGCCUGCCCUGAGUGAGUUGAAGCUGUCCCGAAACCCCAUCAAGCACAUGGGGGAUGGUGUUUUCCUGCCGGUGGCCUCCAGCCUGCAGCACCUCUACCUGGACAACAUGGGCCUGGAGUGGAUUUCCCCCCAUGCCUUCACUGGUCUUGGUCCCAAGAUCAGAAGCCUCUACCUGGAGAGCAAUAAAAUGAGUAACAUACCCGACAUGAGCAACUUCACGGGGCUGGAGAUCCUCAACCUGCAGGAUGUGCCUUUCCACUGUGACUGCCAGCUCCUUCCUCUGCAUAGGUGGAUCAACAAACUCAACCUUCGCAUAGGGGCCACCUGUGGGUCCCCUGCAGAAGCCCAGGGACUGAAGGUGAAGCUUUCCACCACUUUCCAAACUUGUCCUGGCUGGGGACACGGCGAGGCUGCGGAAAACAAUCCUAACAAGACUAAGGCUGCAAGCAAGCCCAGCAAGAAAAAGAGGUCGGGAAAACCUCCAGCCAGAGGCUUCAGUAAGAGCAGAGCAUAGGGUUUCUUAAGGUGUGUAGGACAUGUGCUGGGCCAUAUCUACAGUCUGGCUAGAGCAGUUUUUCUAGACUUGUCCCCACCAUGGGGACAUGAGUAUAGCCCA